GGAAGCCUGGCAUGCUGCGGUCCAUGCAGUCACAAAGAGUCGGACACAACUGAGCGACUGAACUGACUUACUGACUCUCCCCUCCUGCCUCACUCCCUGUUUCUGUCCUACCUCCCUUGUUAGACUGUAAGCCCCCAGAGGGCAGGCAGCCUGGAUGCCAAGGAAGGCUCUUAAAUAUCAUGAAGCAUGAAGACUGGAUCACAUACAGGGACAGAGGGGGGUCUCAGUUUCACAUCUCUGUUGAAGCUGCCCAGGCUCAACCAGAAGUCUGAGGGCAUGGGGUCAGGUGGGGAGGAAAGAGUGGAAGAGCGAGAAUGGUGAGGGAAGGACUACCUGCUGGGUCAGAGGGGAAAGAAGAAAAGGCAGGAUGAGGUGGGCUCUUCUGGGAAGAAAUUUCAGUCCUCCACCUAAUGCCCAUAGUGAUCCCAGCUCCCAGCCCCCAUCAACUCUUAUGAGCCCCACAUCCUGCUCACAGGCACCACUUGGGCACCCAUAACCACACACCCCCAUGGGCAGCACACACAGGCACACAUGCCAGCCCACACUUCCCCCAAGCCUGGGUCCACCUCCACCCACCUGUGCCCGGGGUGCCCUCUCCUGCUCCCUGCCCCAGUGCCUGAUGCUGACCUGGGGCCUCAGGGGAGGCACCCACAGGCAGAGGGAAGAGGGUUACGCUAAUGGCAGAGGCAAGUCAAGCAGGAAGCCUGGAAGCAAGGGGCUCUGUCUAAGCUAGGGACACCUGUCGGCGCAGGCACGGCACAGGCCUGGGUUCUGGCACUGGGCAGGUAGGCCGCCCCACCCACUAAGAGUCCAAAGAGCACAGGUGUGGCUGCCUCCCGGCCUCCGCACCAUAAGACCAGUCUGCUUCAGGGCUCAACUGACCACAGGGCGCCUGCCCGGGACUGCGCCACUAGCAGAGAAGCCACUGUCUUCCCACCACCAGCACCAGGCCACCAGCUCAGACACCUGCCCCUUCGGCGGCACCAGCCUCCAGGCCUCACUGGAGCCCAGUUUGGGUUUUAGGGAGUCAUCUCAGCAGCGUCAGAAUGUCCCGGCCAAGCAGCAGAGCCAUUUAUUUGCACCGGAAGGAGUACUUGCAGAAUAUCGCCUUAGAGCCCACUCACCUGCAGCACAGGGUGGAGCACCUGAUGACAUGUAAGCUGGGGACACAGAGAAUCCAGGAGCCCAAGGAUGCUCUGCAGAAGCUGCAGGAGAUGGACGCUCAGGGCCGGGUGUGGAGCCAGGACUUGCUCCUGCAGGUCAGGGAUGGCUGGCUCCAACUGCUGGACAUCGAGACUAAGGAGGAGCUAGAGUCCUACCGCCUGGACCGCAUCAAGGUCAUGGACGUGGCGCUCAACACUGGCUCCUACAACUCUGUCCUGUCCAUCACUGUGCAGGAUUCAGACCUGCGAAGCACUAGCACUCUGCUUUUCCAGUGCCAGGAAGUGGGGGCAGAGCGACUGAAGACCAGCCUGGAGAAGGCUCUGGAGGAGGAGCUAGAGCAAAGGCCCCGGUUGGGAGCCCUUCGCCCAGACCAGGACCGAUGGAGGGGGCCUCCUCUGGAAAGGCUGCUCCCUAAGGAGCAGGCACGUCCUCUGGAGUGGGGGCCCCCUCCAGAACAGCACUACUUGAUGAGCCCAGAGCACGACACCCCACCACCAUCUCCGAGGCCCCUGCCACACCGCACCAGCAUCCGAGAGCCAAGCAUCUUCUCGCUAUCUCCUUCAAGGAGGUCCCCAUCCCCCGAGGACCCAAAAUGGGAUAAGGAGGUGCUGGACCAUGUCCUAAGGGACAUCGAGCUGUUUGUGGGGAAGCUGGAUGAGGCCCAGUCUAAGGCCAGUCGUAAGAAGAAGAGUCACAGGAAGAAAAAGAAAAAGAAUAAGGAAGAGAUAACAGAGGCACAUUACAUCGACUGCUUCCAGAAGAUCAAGUACAGCUUCAACCUCCUGGGAAGGCUGGCCACCAGGCUGCAGGAUACAAGUGCCCCUGAGUUUGUACACAUCAUCUUCAAAAUUCUGGACUCCAUCCAGACCCAGUGCCCUGAGUCUGGCUUAGCAGCCCGAGUGAUCUCACCCCUCCUCACCACCAAGGCCAUUGAGCUGCUGCAGUCCUGUCUAAGCCCAUCAGAGAAUAACCUCUGGCAAGGGCUGGGCACAGCCUGGACCACCAGCCAGGCCAACUGGACAGGCAUCGAGCCCCUGCCCUACAAACCCACAUUCUAUGAUGGUUGGCAGCUUCCAGAAACCUCCUACCAGGCGUUCUCAAGUUACCAAGACCCUACUUCCAUCCGUGGGGAAAGCCCUAGGUUAAGGAGCACCUCGCACUUUGCUCAAGAGGAGACACACAACCAUGGCCCCAGCCCUGUGCCCUCCAGACCUGGACCUGUCAAGCCAGCCCUGAAAAUGCAAGUCCUCUAUGAGUUUGAAGCUAGGAACCCACAGGAACUGACGGUUGUCCAGGGAGAGGUGCUGGAGGUUCUGGACCAGAGCAAGCGGUGGUGGCUGGUGAAGAAUGCAAUGGGACGGAGUGGCUACAUCCCCAGCAACAUCCUGGAGCCCCUAGAGUCGGGAGCCCCCAGGAGCCAGAGCGAGUCACCCACUCGGCCUCCGAUGCUUCGACUUAGCUCAAGGCCUGAGGAGGUCACAGCCUGGCUACAGGCAGAGAACUUCUCCACUGUGACCGUGAAGACCCUUGGGUCCAUGACAGGGAGCCAGCUGCUUCACAUGAGACCUGGAGAGCUACAGAUGCUGUGUCCACAGGAGGCCCCCCGGGUCCUGGCACGGCUGGAGGCUGUCAGAAGGAUGCUGGGGAUGAGCCCUUAGGCAGCAAUUCAGACACCUCCAAGACCAAGACUUUCUCACAAGCAAGAUGGCAGAUCUGAUACUCUUUAGAGCCCUGAGAAUUCCUCUUCCAGCCCCUAGGUUGCAGCAAACCCCACACCCCAGCUCACACAGCAAAGAGGAUGAACAAGACCAGAGGUUGAGAUAAACCGUGCCCCUUCUCGCUGUGUGGAGAGGUCUCCCCAGUUGCCACCUAUUUAUUGCGUCUCUCUCCUGAGCUUAGAGCAUUUAUGCCUAGAUUUGUCAGGACUGUUUAGACCCUCUCCUCCCCAAUAAAGGUAUCCUCAAGCUUG